CUUAAACAUGGCAGCUUUAUCUAUGGAAAAUUGCAAGGUUACGAAUUCGGUGCUCUUGAGGGUGCUCGGGGGAGUUGCAGCGGCCACAUUAUUAGACGAGAGCAGCUAUGAGCCACUCACUCGGUGUUUUGCCUGCGGUGUCCCAAUGGAAAGUGUGAACAGAUGCACCGAUGUUGAUGUUGCCCAGGCUCUUCCUCUCAGUAAUUGGCUUGCUAUAGUUUCGGAUUUUUCUUGUGGCAAUGAGAAGAACCAGCUCCUAAUAAGACACGUAGCAGACCUUGUCCUCGCAAUUGCUCUUCUUCGCGAAAGCGGUCGAAGGAUAGAGAAUUCUAGCCAUGCGGUCGUCUCAGACGCAGAUUUAACCAUAGUAUGGAACAUGAUACGAGGUGCACUUCUCAGUGACCUGUUUCGAGAUUCUAAUGUCCGGGCAUCCCGCAGCGCACAAGGGUUCCUAUCUGUUCCACUCUGCAGCAUAGUGGAUAACGGCAAUAUUGAGGAGCUUUUUCGGCUUCAUGUGUGGCUACCCGAUAGCCAGCGAGGGUCUUCUGUGUUUGCGGUUCAUUCUCAUCAGCCAUUUGGACAGAGUUGGAUCCUCGCUGGUGCCGGGGUGGACCAUACAUUCGAUGUUCACCCGACGACAGAUUAUGCAGCAGCCACCCAUGCGGAAUAUAGGCUAGUCUGGCAAGAUGGAACAAGUCCCAGUGAGUCAUAUAAAAUCCAUCAGAUAUCAUCUACCGUCGAGAAUACUGGAAAUUUGGUGCGAGUGACGGCUAUGGGCUCAAAGCUUCACACGCGCAACAUGAGCUACUCGAUUCCGGCCGCUGCAUUCCAUCGCACAGAAGUUUUACCUGAUACCCUGCACGCCACGCUCUUCUACUUUGACGCAUCUCGUGGGUUUGUGAAAGACGCACCAGUGUUGGGUCCUAAGGAUCUUGGCUCCUCCACUCAACUGCGCGAUCCUGGUGGCAUCAUACCAGCAGCGCUAGCGACCAUGGUAGACGCGGUUCGAUUGUGGGAAAUACUGAUGGAGCAGGGAGGAAAACAUGCCCAGCGUGCUGAGUGGGAACAUGCAUUGCGGUCAUUCAGCCACGCUCUCAGUCUUUGUGGGCAGGCAGAGCGCUUGCCAGAGUCAGCAAACUACAAGCAUAUCGUGCUAGGGAAGCUAGGAUAUACAUUUAGACAGUUUGGAAGAUAUGACAAGGCAGAGGAGUAUCUGAAAAACGCGCUGAAUAUGCUUGGCUCAACACCUUUGCAUGUCGAUCUUCAUGGAGAGAUGGGGGUAGUUUAUCGCCAUAUGAAUCGACUUGAAGAUGCGAAGCGAGAGUUUGAGAUUCAGUAUAAGCUGGCAAGGGAGCUAAAGCUAGAACAUGCCAUGUGCCGUUCUAUCGGGAACUUGGGCAUGGUAAACUACCAGCUUUCGAGAGAUUUACUGCCUCUAGCCAUUGACCAGCUGAAGGAGCGUAUCCAGCUAGCUCGAUCCAUUAAGGCUUUUGUGGGAUCGGGUAAGAAAUACCAAGCCAUCAUCUGGGAGACGGUUGGACUGUCUCGACUGUCACUCUGCUACACUGCCUGUGGUCUCACAAAAGACGCGAUUGCCACGGCUUCAGAAUCCGUGAAAGCCGCCCUCAGUAUAAAAGACCCUACAGUAGUUGCAAUGUCCCGAUUUUUCUAUGGGCGCGCUUUGCAUCUGAAUGGGCAGUUUGAGGAAGCGUUACGGCAGUUCAAUCCGAUUGGGACGUGUACUCCCGCUAUGGCACUGUGCAAAGAGCCUUCGAAUGAGAAUUUGGGAUAUUUACAAGAACUGGUGGAGGUUGGAGUCGACAUGGACCUUAUCGACGAGCAGGGCUAUAGUGCAUUGGAUUACGCUGUAUUCUGCGGCGACAAGCAGACUGAAGAGGUUGUUCUUGAUGGGCUUCGCCAACAGCUUGGAGAGCAAGCAGACGACAAGCUCUUACAGCAGCAAAGAGAGGCUCGAGUUCGAAAGUGCUAUCGGGAGGUGUUCCAGGAAAGUCUGCGGCCUGUCCUUCUAGAAAACAGCAAUGAUGCAAAUCAACUGCAGCAUCUACGACGCGUGUAUACCACGUCACUUACAGCAAACGAAGAGAGAAUCAAUAUAUUUGACGGGCUCAAGUUUGUGUGGUACCUGGACUUCGUGCACAAUGGUAGACUUCCACGAUCGAACCACGGCCUGACACAGAACUAUCACGAUAUAAAACCCAACCUUGCUCCAGAUUAUAUCAUCUUUAUAUCAUAUCGCUGGAUCAAUGGUGAUCCAGCGUGUGUAACGUCACCAGAUGACACCAGUAAUACCCAAUAUUGCCGGAUGAUCAAAGCAAUAGAGGCAUUCUUAGAUACUCACCCUUCCAUAAACCCACAGAAGCUAGGAAUUUGGCUGGAUUGGGCGUGCAUCGACCAGGACGACCCUUUGUCUGGAAUUGCCGCCCUCCCUCUCAACCUUGCACAGUGUGAUGCAGUAAUUAGCCUAGUCGAUACUAGUUACCACGAUCGUGCAUGGUGUUCUAUCGAAGUCAUGAUUAUACAGAUACUCCGAAGGUCAUAUAAUCUGCAUUCAUGGUAUGAGCAUACUAAAAUCGAGAACACAGAGCAUUGGGCAAUAAAUGAGGGCCCUUUGGAAUUUGAGCCAUCCGUUGCAGGAAAACUAUUGGGCUCUGAACAGGACCGGCCCAGGAUCCUAUUCCUAGAGAGACAGACGAGAUUGCUCGGUCGGGACUAAGCAAAACAUGUUGGGUACUGCCGCUUUGCGCUAUACUUACUUGGUCACUAUGAGCUCUGUGCAUUCUCGAUUGCAUACACGCAAGGAAUCUCGCCUUGGCAUCGGCUUUACUUCGGUUUUUCGAAUUUUCUUCCUGCCAUUGAUUACCAACCCGCCAAUCAAGCAAGCUAUGUAUAUGCAUACGUCCCUGCAUGCCUUUCGUAUUCUAAGCCUUCUCAUAAUUCUGAAAUCAAUGUUCUAGACUAUGAAGGAAAGCUACUAAUUGUCAGGGCCUUAGGUUAAACUCUGCCUGAGGCACCAAAUGCUUUAUUCACUGUUGAUCAGUUCCCACAACAUUGAUAUCCCACAGUUCCUGUAUGAUAGAAUUUUGUUUCUUUCU